AAUAGUUUAAAAGAUUGUCACACCAAACCUCCAGUCUUUCCAGCAAACUUAAAUUUGGGCUUCAAAGUUGUCAAUCAUUAGUCGCUCCUACACCCGGUUUAGUCUCACUUCAUUUUUUUCUAUCUUUACUCGCUGACGGUUACAACGUGACAUGAAGGCCAGAUGCAUGUUGCGUAAGUUGAUCCCUCAUGAGAGCUGCUGUCCUCACCCAGCACAAAACUCCAAGGUCCAACCAUAGUUAGUGAUCCUCUCCAGCAGAGACAGUCCUUUCUGACCAGGUCAGCAGAUUAGAGCCUGAAAAGCCUCAGUAAAGAUGGGAGACUGGGGGAUUUUGUCUACCUUGCUGGAACGAGUCCAGUCCCACUCCACUGUGAUUGGGAAGAUCUGGAUGAGCGUCCUCUUCCUGUUCCGGAUCAUGGUGCUGGGAGCGGGCGCCGAGAGCGUCUGGGGCGACGAGCAGUCGGACUUCAUCUGCAACACCCAGCAGCCCGGUUGUGAGAACGUCUGCUACGACUGGACCUUCCCCAUCUCGCACAUCCGCUUCUGGGUCCUGCAGAUCCUGUUCGUGUCCACGCCGACGCUCAUCUACCUGGGCCACGCCAUGCACGUCAUCCAGCACGAGAAGAAGCUAAGGGAGGCGUUAGCGAGUCCAGACGGGCCGCAGAAACUCAAGCAGCCCAAAUACAGCGACGAGAAGGGACACGUAAAGAUCAAGGGGAACCUGCUGGGCAGCUACCUGACCCAGCUCAUCUUCAAGAUCAUCAUCGAGGCCGGCUUCAUUGUGGGGCAGUACUACCUGUACGGCUUCGUCAUGGUCCCCAUGUUCGCCUGCCAGAGGAAGCCGUGUCCCUUCACCGUGGAGUGCUACAUGUCCCGGCCCACCGAGAAGACCAUCUUCAUCAUCUUCAUGCUGGUGGUGGCCUGCGUCUCCCUCCUCCUAAACGUCAUCGAGUUGUUCUACCUGAUGGCCACAAGGUGCAAGUCCAAGCGCCGCACCCAAAGGGUGACGUCGGCGGAGAACCCCGCCAGCCUCUCGGGCCCCAGGUGGCCGACGACGGAGGACACGUUGCGGCAGAACAAAAUGAACAUAGAGCUGGAGAACCACAGCGUGGGAGGCAGCCUGGACGGAGCCAAAGAGGAGAAACGGCUCCUGAGCGGACAUUAGCUUCCCAAGAUUAGCUUGUUUUCAANACNUUCAAGAGACUCAAAC